UGGGCCGAACGGUUGGCAUUGCUGUUAUUCGCAAUCCAGUGGUUGUCGCGAUCGGAAGCCCUCAAUUCGGAAUUAAUCCUCCUCGAGAAAUCGUAUUUCCUUUGAAAGAAUAGUGGAGUGAAUACAUAACCUUAAAGAAUUUGGCAACUGUGCGCGUACCUACGCCAAGGAUAAUUAUGUUGCCCAUUCGUUGGGCUUUCGUCGGCAUUGCGCUGUUGAUUGCAGCUACAAAUGGAGCAACAAUACCUUCGAAUGAUGGAAGUGUAGCAGAAUCGAGUUAUGAUGUCAGUAAUGAUCAAUUUGAUUUGGAUAGAUCCAAGCGAAGCGGAAGAGGCUAUUUGCGCGGUCAGACGCAAUCUCAGUAUCUGAAUUUUGGUAAACCAGAGCAAGACGGCAAAGCUGAAGCAGAGGCUAAUGAACACGGCUCCAGAACAACAGUUUCUGGAAGCCAUGGCAUGGGACAAGCGCAAAGCCAAUUUUCUAUGGGGGACUGUAGUGAAUGUGCAACAAGUCCCAUUUACGAAUAUCCGGCCGGCUCUCCGGAUCCACUAACUUUAAUUGGCGGCAGUGGUAGACCAGAUGCUUUAAUAAGUAUUCCAGGUACUGGUGCAGGCGGUCAACAACCUGUUGGGCGAUAUGGUCCGGGUGGAAUUAGUACGGCCGGUGGUCCUGGAGCCGCUGGAGCAGUGAGACCCGGUGGAGUAGUUGGACCGGGAGGCGUAUUUCAGCCGUCUGGUGGAGUUGGUGGAAGAGGUGUUUUAAGACCCGGUGCUGGAGCACAACCUGGAGCAGGAUAUGGAGUGGGAGUUGGAGGUCAAUCCACUGGACCUGGAGGAGAAAGAGUUCAGCCAGGUGGCGCGUUCAGACCUGGCGCAGGUGUACAACCAGGAGCUGGUUAUGGCCCCGGUUUUGGCGUACCCGGAGGAGCAGGUGUUGGAAGUGCUGUUCAACCAGGUGCUGCAUUAAGGCCUGGCGCUGGUUUGCAGCCAGGUAUAAUUUAUGGUCCGGGUGCUGGUCAACCAAGUGGACCUGGUGGCGUUGGAGCACAACCUGGCGGAGUUUUAAGACCAGGUACUGGAUUACAACCUGGUGCGGUAGGUGGAGCUCUAAGGCCUGGUGACAUCGAAGGGGUUCCAGCUGGUGGCAGUUAUGGUCCGGCUGUAGGUCGUCAACCCAUCGGUGGUGAUGGUAUAGGGGCACAGCCUGGAUCAACCUUACAACCCGGUGAAGCUUAUAGACAAGAUGUUGGCGGUCAACCUACUGGGCCUGGAGGAGUAGGUAUAGGGGGAGGUAUUCAACCAGGAGGGGAUUUAAGAGCAGGUGGUAGACUUCCACCUGGUGGUGUAUACGGACCUGGAACUGCCCUUCCUCCUGGACCAGAUGGCGCAGGAAUUAGUGGACCCGGAAUUGGUUUAAGACCGGGAGCGCUUAUACAGGGUGGCCCUCAUGUAGGACAACCAGUGAGGCCAGGAGGCCUAGAUGCCAGCGGAGGUGUGCAACCUCCUGCUGGAUUAAGGCCAGGAUUUGGAAUGCAACCUGGUGGAGUAAUCGGUGGUGGUGCACAUCCCGGUGAUAUUUAUCGACCUGGUGCUAGUCCCGCAGGACUUUAUCAACCUGGCUAUGCGCCCGGUUUCGGUCCUGGAGUAGGUUAUGAUGGAGUACACAGACCAGCAGCAGGCGGAGUCUAUAGACCUGGAGUGGGCCCUGGAGCAGGCAUACGUCCAAGUGAUACCUAUGGAGCUGGUGUUCAACCUGGUGAUCGUAUUUAUGGAUCUGGUUCGAUUGGUCCAGCUCAAACUGGUGUACCAACCGGGCCUGGGAGUAGAUAUGGAGUCGGAAUUGGAGGACAGCCAAUAGGGCCAGAUGUAAGCGGAUCAUAUUGGCAACCCGGAGUAGGUGUUUCUGGCAUACCAUCUGCGCCCAGCAGUGGUACUUCACAGGGAGCCUUAUACAGACCAGAUCAGUCGGGUGGAAUAUACACUCCUGGCAUCGGUAGUGCAGUUGGAGAUCAACCGGGCGCAGGUCUACACCCAGGGGUAGGUUUGCGGCCGGGAGCGGGUUAUCAGCCUGGCGCAGGUCUACAACCAGGCGCAGGUUUACAACCAGGCGCAGGUCUACAGCCAGGGGUAGGUUUGCGGCCGGGAGCGGGUUAUCAGCCUGGCGCAGGUCUACAACCAGGCGCAGGCUAUCAACCAGGUGCAGGUCUACAGCCAGGCGGAGGUUUACAGCCAGGAGCGGGUUAUCAACCUGGCGCAGGUGUACAACCAGGUGCAGGUCGACAACCAGGCGGAGGUGUACAGCCGGGAGUGGGAUAUCAACCUGGUGCAGGUCUACAACCAGGCGCAGGCUAUCAACCAGGUGCAGGUCUACAACCAGGCACAAGUCUACAGGCAGGCGGAGAGUUACAGUCAGGAGCGGGUUAUCAACCUGGCGCAGGUGUACAACCAGGUGGAGGUCGACAACCAGGCGGAGGUUUACAGCCGGGAGCGGGAUAUCAACCUGGUGCAGGUCUACAGCCAGGAGCAGGUUUACAGCCAGGAGCGGGUUAUCAACCUGGCGCAAGUGUACAACCAGGCGGAGACUAUCAACCAGGUGCAGGUCUACAACCAGGCGCAGGUCUACAGCCAGGGGUAGGUUUACAGCCAGGAGCGGGUUAUCAACCUGGCGCAGGUGUACAACCAGGAGCAGGUUAUCAGCCCGGAGCAGGUUACCGACCCGGUGCAGGUCUACAACCAGGUGCGGGCAUACAUCCGGGAGCAGGAUAUCAACCAGGAGCAGGUCUACAUCCUGGAGCGGGUAUACAACCAGGUGAAGGCUUACAACCGGGAGCAGGCUAUCAGCCAGGGGCAGGUCUACAGCCAGGCACAAGUCUACAACCAGGUGCAGGUUUACAACCAGGCGCAGGUCUACAGCCAGGCGGAGGUUUACAGCCGGGAGCGGGUUAUCAACCUGGUGCAGGUCUACAACCAGGGGCAGGCUAUCAACCAGGUGCAGGCCUACAACCAAGCGCAAGCAUACAUCCGGGAGCAGGCUAUCAACCAGGAGCAGGUCUACAUCCUGGAGCGGGUGUACAACCAGGCGAAGGCUUACAACCGGGAGCAGGCUAUCAACCAGGGGCAAGUCUACAGCAGGGAGCGGAUUAUCAACAAGGUGCAGGUCUACAACCAGGCGCAGGCUUACAGCCAGGAGCGGGUCUACAGCCAGGCGGAGGUUUACAGCCAGGAGCGGGUUAUCAACCAGGUGCAGGUCUACAGCCAGGCGCAGGUUUACAGCCAGGAGCGGGUUAUCAGCCUGGUGCAGGUCUACAACCAGGAGCAGGCUACCAACCAGGUGCAGGUUUACAACCAGGCGCUGGUGAUAUUUACGGUACUGGUACUGGUACUGGCCCUGGAGUAGGUCCAUCUGGAGCUUAUCCUUCACUUCCACAAACAGUAUCGACAUAUGGCCAAGGCGGUGGUGUAGGUACUGGUGCACCAACAGGUGAAGCUUAUGGACUAAUUGCGACAGGAACCGGAGGUACUGGAAUAGGUGGUAUUGGUGGUACUGGUGUUAUCCCAGGUGGUGUGUCGACAGUACCCGGAGGAGUAGUCUAUCCUGGAGCAGCUUCCCUUGGAGUGGGAGCUUUGGGUGAGUAUAAAGUGGAAGGGCCAAGUAACUUGAUAACAGCAUCUGGUGUGGGAGGAGCAGAUGAUGCAUUCUCCCAAGCGGAAUCUUCCAUUAGCGAUGGCCAAGCAGCUGCUAGUUCACAAGGCAAAAAGAAUGGAGGUACUGCAAAAUCUCAAGUAUCAGGAACGUACAGUUCAGCUGGAACAUUCAGUGCCAGCGCUUCAACAUCUGAUAGCGACCGUUCAGCCAAUGCUCAAGUGAGUGGAAGCAAAGAAGGAGCUAUGAGUCAGUCUCAAGGACAAGGUGGUGCAGCCCAAUCGCAAGCUCAAGUACAAGUCAAUUCGAAAGAUGGAGGUACCAAGGCUUCCUCACAGAGCGGGGGUAUAAUCCAUCAAAGUCAGAGCGAGGUACAAGCAAAUGAUAAAGGAGGCUUGGCAGAUUCACAGUCUAGUGGGCCGGGACAAACUUCGUCACAAGCUCAAAUUGGUUUCCGGCCCAAUCAAGAUGGCAGCCCAGCAGUACCGACUAGCGGAGGUGGUCAAGCUUCUGCGCAAUCUGGCAGCCAUUCGGGCCAGAGUCAGUCGCAGAUUCAAGGCACAUCUAACUUCGGUGUCUCGUACCAUGGAGCCGCACAAUCAGCCUCUGGUACUAAGGAACAAGUUGCAAGCUACCGCGAACAGAAUCGUGAAUUAUUUCAUAGCAUAAGCCAAUUUGGAAAUGCGGAUGCAGUGACUGACCGUGUAGACACCGUGUACGGUGGGCCUAGUGGAACAGCACUAUCAGCUGAUGGCGGCGCCUUACCUGAUCUAGACCUGAAGUCUUCAAAGAGUGUUAAAGAAAUCGUCAACGCCAACAAAGUUACCGACGACGAUUCCACAUUAAACGAAGAUGAAGAAGAGGAACCGUACGAUGAAUACGACGAAGACGAUGAGUACUACAAUGAAAAUUCCGCAAAGUCCGAUAGCAAAACCGACUCUCAAUCAUCAUAUCGAACCUAUACACAAAAUUCACCCACACAAAGCCAACAAGCCGCUGUGCCCAGUUCAUCAGAUAAAUAUCUCUUGGUACAAAAUCAAAAUGGCCGUGUUCAAAAAUAUCCAUUCCGAUCAACCACUGAAGUGGUACCUCGUGGCUUUCGGGGUACCGUUAAUGUGGAGAAAAAAUUCCACCCUAAGGCAGUAAAAUCACAGCCUACUGAUACUGGCCUUGAUAGCGCCGAAGAGCAGGACUCAAUCCAGCACCGAAAACCGGAUAGUUAUGUAACAGUCACCAAGUCGAUUACUGGUAGUAUGGACAACACGAAAAAUCCACCGCAGGAAAAUAAGAACUUCCAAUCGACUUACUAUACAAAGUCAUCCACCUGUGGAUAUUUCACAUUUUCCUGCAACAUAGUAUACGGUGCUAAUGGCCGUAGUAAAAUAUGUCGUCCGAAAGCGCCAACAAAUGGAAAAUGCUAGAUUUCCAAAAAAAUAAAAAAAAAUCAUCGAUAUUUUUUAUAUCAGUAAUAACUUAGUCGUAAAGAUAAGCUGUAACUUAACUCGAAUGUAUUUUUAAAGCCCUAACAAAAUGUAACAUUAAAACUUACUUAAGGAGAUUCAUUGUAUGCCGAGCAGUAAAAUCAUAGAAAUGGCUUUAAGAAAGUGCUAAGGUCUAUUUCCAAAUAGGUUAUUUUUCGAAACUUACUAAUAAAUACACUGCCGUGGAGAAAAACCGUUAAACAGAUAUGCUGAAGAGCUACUUAUUGAUAGCUUUGUAAUAAAUGUAAUUAUUGUUUUUUUUU